UGUGUAAUUCAAUGCCCAUUCAAUGCCCCUUCUGGGCUGGUCCAUCCAUCCAUCCAUUCACUCAUCGUCUCUGUGCAUUGCAAACGUGUCAGCAUAGAGGUCCCACACCCCAAUUCUGCCACUCGCCCCGCCCGCAAAGAGCGUCCCAUUCACAGGAUGAAACACACAAGACGACACCGCACCCGACUCCAACGACACGUCAGCCAGGAGCUGCCGCGUUCUCACUUCAUGUAGCUGUACAUGCCCGUCCCAGCCCCCCGCAGCCACGAUGGCGCCAUCCCUCCGCACACAGAUGCACCCGAUCCCCAGCUUCUCGCUCACGCCACUCGGGAGGCCAGAUCUGUCGCCUGAGGUGCCGGUGAGGGCGGGAAACCGCGAGAGCUCGGCUGCGUGGGCCAUCUCGCCGGUGGCCUUGAUUUUGAUGACGCGCGUCUGGCCGUACUGGUUGGCCACCCAGCAUUGGUUGAGGAAGCUCACGCCGCUGGUGACGGGCGAUAGGCUGCUGGGGAAGGCCAAUAAAGGGCUGUGCACGGGCUCCUUCGGCUGACGGACGUCCCACAGACACACCUGAGAGUCCUCAUACGCAGCCAGGAAGGUGUGGUCCGCGCCGGUCUUGGGCGACGGCAUCAGCGCCAUGCAGCUGCCCUUGCCGCCCCGAUGCUGCUCGUCUUCGCUGUGCUGCUGCUGCUGUUGCUGCUGUGGCCUCGUGAACGUGAUUGCCGGGGCGUCCAUCGAGCAGUGCCAUUCCUGUGCCGCGGGCAACCUGCUCCUUAGAUCAUAGAGGCCGACGCUGCCCACCUCCGCUACAGGCGACAAGACUGACGGCAGGCCGGCCGUGCCGUCCAUCUCCCCAGAGAGCGGUACUGCCUGGGUGAAGGUGAUGGCGUUCGUGACGACAGACAGAAGGCACUUGUGGCUCUCCAGGUCCCAUAGCUUCAGCUGCCCCUCGCGGCCCUGUGUUAAGAGGGUGCUGCUGCCGGCCAGGUGAUGGGCUGAGAGAGCCGCCACAGGUGAUGCCUUGAUGGUCCAGUCCACUCGCCAUUCGCCGAGGUCCCAUCCAUGCACGCGGCCAUCCCCAGUGGCGGACAGCAGCUGCGACCUCGCGAACGAUAGAUGGAAGACUCUCGCUGUCUGGCCACGGAGGACAAAAAGCGGCAGAGGCGAAUGCCUCGCUGUUUCGCCUUGUGGCUGAUCUGCAUCCAAGUCACUGACUGGGAUUGUGCAUUCACUCCAGCGUGUUGUUGUGUGGGAGAGCUCUGUCGUCGCCAUCGAGAAAUCGGUUUCGAUGGCUUCGGGUUUGGGUUUAUGGGCUAGGGUUAAAACCCUGUACUUGUCCCAAUGCCGCCCGCGGCCUAAUGAAUUAGGGCCGACGGCGCCGUUAACCGGAAGCCGUCGGCGUAGGACAUAAAAUACAUCUCGACGUGAGAUGGUAGAGUUUCGGGAAGAAAAAAAACUAGUAGUUCCGAGCUCAUAACC